AUGCAUUUGUCUUUACUUCAAUCUCUCGCUAGUGGUUUAACCGCCUUUCCGCUCCUCGGUGCGGCUUCCAAACCUGGACCCACCAUCUACCACAUCCCCUCCACACCUCAGAACGGGACUGCUCAGGCUCAGCUUAUUUCCAGCGCUUCUGGCUUUGACGCUCCGAAGGCUACCCCCAUCACCAAUUCCUCGUUUGACUGGUGGUACUUCGAUGUCGCAUCCAACAACCCAGCUGACCUCGCCUCGAUCACCAUCGUUUUCUUCACAACCACACAACAAGGCUUCCCUUUCACCGAAUCAAGCUCUGCUACCCCUGUCCGUAUCUCGGGGACGUAUUCGAAUGGGACACUUUGGGAUCUCACCUUGGACGGAGAUGGUUCUGGCGCAACCGUUGUUGUCGAUGGCGAGGCAACUAGCGGAAAUUGGAGCUCAGGUGUGACCUGGCAUGCGACAUCAACUUCCAAUUAUCUUAUUACACUUGAUACACCGCGUUUGAAGGGAGCGAUAACUUUCCAAUCGGUUGCGCCUGCGCAUCUUCCUUGCGGAGCUGAUGCCCCCGGUCAGAACCUAGAAGUUGGACCACGAAUUGGUUGGGCCAAUGCGAUUCCGGAUGCGAAUUCAUCUGUGCGACUCAAUAUCACUGGGACCGUGCUUGCUUUUGACGGUUUAGGGUAUCACGACAAGAAUUGGAGUGACCUGCCUUUUACCACCAAUGUCGCGUCUUGGUACUGGGGGCAUGCCCGUGUAGGGCCACUUUCGAUCGUCUGGUUCGACUUCCUUGAUCUAGAAGGAAAUGAAAGCGUCAGCGUUUAUGUCUCGCGCAACAACACAAUAGUCACAGCAAGUUGUUCCCCCGGAAGCAUACAAGUCCGACCUACCGGCUCGACGGAGCAGGCGGCAUACCCUCCGGUCGUCAGUAAUCCGGACCCAGCCGGCUACCGAAUCGAGAUUGUUGGCGGCCUCGCGCUGAAUAUUAGCGUGCUGGUGCCAGCGGUACCGACGAACCCUUUCUAUACGCGGUCCAUUGGGACCAUAUCAACCAUGGUCGAUGGAAAGUUUUACUCCGGCAGAGCACUCUUCGAACAAUUCAAACUGGUCCAAUCUUAG